AUGUCUAAAGUUUCAGACGUCCCUCCUACGGCCCAAUCAAUCGUCGUGAAACAGACUGGCGACCCCGAACAACUUCAGAUCAUAUCGGGUCCCGUGCCUAGGCCCAAGGCAGGCCAGGUACUUAUUCGGAACCGCUUCGCUGGGGUCAAUUUUAUAGACAUCUACAUGCGCACUGGACGUUAUCCUUCUCCAGCUGGCUACCCUUUGAUCCUUGGAUCGGAAGGAAGUGGAACUAUCGCGGAGAUUGCAGGUGAUAAUCCGUACAAUUUCCAGCCUGGUGAAAAGGUCGUCUGGAUUGGUCUCGGUGGAUAUGCGGAAUACACAGCUGUCAACCAGGACAAGGUUAUUCACCUUCCUGAUGGAGUAUCCGAGCAAGAUGCCGUCGCCAGUCAUUUGACCGGCAUGACUGCGCUGUCUUUGAUCGAAGAAGCGUACCCGGCCAAAAAGGGUGAUGUCGUGCUUGUACAUGCGGCGGCCGGGGGUACUGGUUUGAUCUUGUGCCAACUCCUCAAGGCCGAGGGCAUCACCGUAAUCGCAACAGCUGGAGGGCCCGAUAAAUGCGCCCUGGUCAAGGAGUUCGGCGCUGCCCAUGUUAUCGAUUACAGGGCCUCUUCGGGAGAGUCUUGGUCCGAGCAGGUAAAGACUCUCACGGGUGGAAAAGGAGUUGACGCGGUAUUUGACAGCGUUGGCAAAGACACUUGGAGAGAUAGCAUCGCUGUGACCAAAAUGAAAGGGACGGUUGUCUACUUUGGGAGUUCAAGUGGGCCAAUUCCGCCGCUCGAUUUAUCCCUUAUUAGGGAGAAGAACCUAAAGGUGAUCCAGCCGACAGCUCAACACUACGUUUCAACCAGAGAAUCGUAUACAUAUUACGCUUCAAAGGUUUUUGAAAAACUCCAGAAUGGUACCGUGAAAAUCCGGACGCCUAGUGUAUACGAUUGGAAGGAAGCAGCGCAAGCGCAUAAGGAUCUUGAGAGCCGAAAAACGGUCGGGAAGCUACUUUUGAAAAUAUAA